AUGCCUUCAUCCAAGUUGAUCACUCUUGCCGGUCAAACAGGCAUGCGAAAAGACAAACCCAUCUCCUCAGAUAUCAGGGAGCAAGCAAAGGGCGCUUACGAUAGCAUCCACAAGUGCUUGGCCGCUGCUGGCGCAACACCGCGGGAUAUUGUGAUGGUCCGACAUUACAUUGUCAAGGAGACUGGUAACCCAGAGCAGGACGGAAAGGACGUUGUAGAUCGUGGCUGGGGAGAGCUUUGGAUGGAUUAUAUGGACAAGGAGGCCGAUGGACAUAGACCACCGGAUACAGUGGUUGGUGUUGCAAGUCUAGCAACGAAAGAGCUAUUGUAUGAGUGCGAAGUGACAGCGCUGAUUAGCUAG